ACAGUACGGUUAAAUGCCAUUUUUCCAGUAAUACCACCGCUCAAUUUCAAAAAUUAUAUAUUGAUAUCCUCUCCCUCCCAACCCGGCACCCUCAUGGCUCUUGCUCGUCUCUCGAACCCCCAACCAGAGAUUCCUCUCAACAUUUUCUGAAUCAACAUGAAACCCUAGCUCGCCAAACCUUGUUCGCGACCUCGAUUGUGGUCGGGUUGGGUUCUUCGUCGGAUUCUGAGUGAUUGUGGUCGAGUUGAGCUCUUCGAGCGUUGGGUUUAGGGUUCUUCAAACCCUAGCUACACUGUUCUUCGAUUGGGUUCUUCACUAGUAAAUUGAUAAGAAGAGAAGUAAGCAUUUGAGUUUGCGGGGGAGCUCAAACACAUGAAUGUUGGGUUGGGGGUUGCGGAGCAUCCUGCAACCAAAUCCAGCAUGGAGGCAGCUAGUUUCAAAGGCUGAGGGAAAUUGGAAUGCCAAAUUAUCAACCUUACGUUCAUAAAUUUUGCCAUUUCGAUCCAUCUUGUACCAGAAGGUGCCUUGAAAUUGUCCCUACACCCCUCAACUUCCACCUAAUCAAUAUGUUGUUCUCCGACACUUGCCAAAUCCUAAGAACCUCCAGCGGAGUUUCCCGGAACAGCACACGCCCGUGAUAUCUCAUUUGAAUUGUCAAAUUCACCCAAAAAGGAGACUUGAUGAUUCCUCUCAUAAAUCAAAAACCAUAAAUUUAGAAUAUUUUUUUAAACGAGUACCCAGAUGAGGAGAGGACAGGAGCGGAGAGCACGGGUUAAGGUAUAAAUGGGAUAACAAGGAGAAACAUUUAAAGCCAGAAACUGGGUUGCUGCGGCUUCGAGAAGGUCUUAAGGUGUUUGCAAACUUGCGAUUGGCAUCAGUGCUGCCCCAGUUUGUUUAUUGUGAAAAGGGACUCAGAAAAUGAAUAAAGGUGCUGGAGGAGGUGGAGGUGGCAGUGGUGGUGGAAGUGGGCCCACAGCCACAGCAGCGGCAUCUGCAGCAGCAAAGCAAAAGACGUUACUUCAGAGAGCUGAGACUGACAUCAGCAAUAUUGUGGAUAACUUCUCUGUCCUUGUUAAUGUGGCCCGGGUGAAUGAUCCACCAGUCAGAAAUUCACAAGAAGCUUUCAUGAUGGAGAUGAGAGCAGCCCGAAUGGUUCAGGCGGCAGAUUCUUUACUUAAGCUGGUAUCUGAACUGAAGCAGACAGCGAUAUUUUCGGGGUUUGCAUCUCUUAAUGACCAUGUAGAGCGACGAACCGCUGAGUUCAACCAACAGGCUGAAAAAACUGACCAUAUGUUGGCUAGAAUCGGUGAGGAGGCAGCUGCAAGCCUUAAGGAGCUUGAAUCCCAUUACUAUUUUUCCGCUGAUCGGACAAAUCAAACACUAGAGCCAUGAAGUGGGUUCCAAAGGAAGCAAUUCUUUGGUCCCGUAUUGGCAAAUAACUGUUUUUCCAGAGUUGAUAUUUACUUUAUUUUUCUUAAAAUUUUGAUUCAUCUUGUUUAUGCAAAAAUCUUUCAAUGCUUACGUUGAGUGGUAAGCUGUAUUGAUUAUGAACUCACUCUGUUUAUAUUAAUUUUUAUAUAUUAAAAAAAAAAUCUAAGGUGUAAACAUAUCAA